AACCAGACGUGAAACUCAUUGAGAUGCCUCCCUCUUUCUCUGCCGCUGCUUUCUCUCUCCCUCUCUCUGGAGCUCGUUUUUAGCUGCAUGUCACUCAGUCGCUCAGUCAGUCAGUCAGUGGCCCCGGUCCGCUGCGCCUGCGCCUGUCUCCACAGCUCUCCAAAAACCGAAACGCGCCACCGCUGCCGCCACUGCGGGCAUGACAUACAAGCAGUAGUUGGACUUUCCGUCUGCCGCCUUUUGAGAGGAUUUAAAGAAGGAGACGUGGAGACAUAAGAGAGGGAGAAAGGGAAGAGACUCAUUUCUGGCCGUGCCGUGCGUCGAGAGGAGUGGAUGAGUCAAUGGCUGGGGCACAGCCUGGAGUUCAUGCGUUGCAGCUCAAGCCAGUGUCCGUGCCGGAGUGCCUCAGAAAGGGCAGCAAAUUUAUGAAAUGGGAUGAUGAUUCUACCACUGUGACCCCCGUGACUCUAACAGUUGACCCCAAAGGGUACUUCCUGUACUGGACCGACCAGAACAAGGACACAGACCUGCUGGAUAUUGCAUACAUAAAAGAUGCCAGAAAUGGAAAGUGCACUAAAACACCAAAGGAUGCAAAGCUGCGAGAGCUGCUGGAUGUCAGCACACUGGUGGGGAAGAUGGAGAACAGGAUGCUGACGGUGGUCAGCGGCACAGACAUGGUCAACAUCACCUACCUGAACUUCAUGGCCUUUCAAGAGGAGAUUGCAAAGGAAUGGGCAGAGGAAUUGUUCAACUUGGCGUCUAACCUUUUGGCACAGAACAUGUCCAGAGAGGCCUGCCUUGAAAAAGCAUACACUCGACUGAAGCUGCAGCUCAACCCGGAGGGACGGAUUCCUGUCAAGAAUAUCUUCAGGAUGUUCUCAGCAGACAGGAAGCGAGUGGAGACAGCGCUGGAAAACUGCAACCUCCCUUCUGGCAGAAAUGACUCCAUCCCCCAGGAGGACUUCACCCCAGAGGUUUACAGCAUGUUCCUGAAUAACAUCUGCUGUCGGCCCGAGCUGGACCACAUCUUCUCUGACGUUGGAGCUAAGAGCCGUCCGUACCUCACAGUGGAGCAGAUGGCAGAGUUUAUUAACAGCAAGCAGCGAGACCCUCGCCUGAACGAAAUCCUGUACCCUCCGCUCAAACCAGAGCAAGUUCAGCUGCUGGUGGACAAAUAUGAACCCAAUACUUCACUUGCACAGAAAGGUCAGAUCUCCAUGGACGGCUUUGCCCGAUAUUUGAACGGGGAAGAGAACAGCAUCAUUCCCCCGGAGAAGCUGGACCAGAGUGAAGACAUGACCUUUCCACUUUCUCACUACUUCAUCAACUCCUCGCACAACACAUACCUCACAGCGGGCCAGCUCGCAGGAAACUCCUCGGUUGAAAUGUACAAACAGGUCCUCCUGUCUGGGUGCCGCUGUAUUGAACUGGACUGCUGGAAAGGACGCACCACAGAGGAAGAGCCUGUCAUCACACAUGGCUUCACAAUGACAACUGAAAUCUCUUUUAAGGAAGUGAUCGAGGCUAUCGCAGAGUGCGCCUUCAAGACCUCACCGUUUCCUAUCAUUCUGUCUUUCGAGAACCACGUGGACUCACCAAAGCAGCAGGCGAAGAUGGCAGAGUACUGCCGGUCAAUAUUUGGAGACGCAUUACUGAUGGAACCUCUGGAGAAAUAUCCUCUUGAGGGUGGGGUUCCACUUCCGAGCCCCAUGGAGCUGAUGGGCAAGAUCCUGGUCAAGAACAAAAAAAAGCACCACAAAGCCGACGGCAGCACCAAGAAGAAGCUCUCUGAGCAGGUUUCCAACACCUACAGCGAUUCUUCCAGCGUAUGUGAGCCAUCCUCCCCCAGUGCAGGUUCAACUAAAGAAGAGAUAGUUGAUUCCUCGCAACCCUCUGAUGGUGCUGAGCUCAACCUGAGACCACAUGGCAGAAAGUCUAUUGGUGAAGUGGAGGCUGAAAGCGAUGAGGACGAUGACGAUGAUGAUGACUGUAAAAAGGGCUCAAUGGAUGAGGGCACAGCAGGCAGCGAGGCAUUCGCCACAGAGGAAAUGUCCAACCUGGUAACCUACAUCCAGCCAGUCAAGUUUUACUGCUUCGAGACAUCCAAAAAGAUUAACCGGAGCUUCCAGAUGUCCUCCUUUGUAGAGACCAAAGCUUUGGAGCUACUGACAAAGUCUCCAGUAGAGUUUGUGGAAUACAAUAAGCUGCAGCUGAGCAGGAUCUACCCUAAAGGUACUCGAGUAGAUUCCUCCAACUACAACCCUCAGCUCUUCUGGAAUGCCGGCUGUCAGCUGGUGGCUCUCAACUUCCAAACCAUCGACUUAUCGAUGCAGCUGAACCUGGGCAUGUAUGAGUACAAUGGGAAAUGUGGAUACAGACUGAAACCAGAGUUCAUGAGACGGCCAGAUAAACACUUCGAUCCUUUCACUGAGAGCACAGUAGAUGGGAUAGUUGCCAACACGCUGUCUGUUAAGAUCAUCUCAGGUCAGUUCCUGACUGAUAAGAAAGUAGGAACAUACGUGGAGAUCGACAUGUUUGGCCUGCCCGUGGACACCAAGAGGAAAGCUUUCAAGACCAAGACAUCUCAGGGCAAUGCCAUCAACCCUGUCUGGGAAGAGGAGGCCAUUGUUUUCAAGAAGGUUGUCCUUCCAACACUGGCUUCACUGAGGAUAGCCGUGUUUGAAGAAGGAGGAAAGUUUAUUGGCCACCGCAUCAUGCCUGUUUCAGCCAUCCGCCCAGGUUAUCGAUAUAUCAGUCUAAGGAAUGAGAAGAACCACUCCCUGAUGUUGCCUGCCCUCUUUGUUUAUGUUGAAGUCAAGGACUACGUCCCAGAUACAUUUGCAGACGUCAUUGAAGCCUUGUCCAACCCCAUCCGCUAUGUCAACCUGAUGGAGCAGAGAGCCAAUCAGCUGGCUGCUCUCACCUUAGAGGAAGGAGGGGAAGACGAGGGUGACAAAGAGCAGGUGGAGGCAGGAAGCGACGCUACCUCCGAAUCUAAAGUGGACCAGAGGGUAGCGGUACCUGCAGAGAACGGACUGAGCCACACUCCAAUCAUCACCCCCAAACCCCCCUCACUGGUCGGCCACCAGCCUCAGCCUUCAGGUUCACUGAAACCGUCGGUGAAGACUGAAGACAUCAUACACAGCGUCCUCACUGAGAUGGAGGCUCAGACAGUGGAGGAGUUGAAGCAGCAGAAGGGCUUUGUUCGAGAGCAGCGAAAGCAGUACAAGGAGAUGAAGGAGCUGGUUAGGAAACACCAUCGCAAAACGAGCGAGCUGAUCAAGGAGCACACGGCUCGUGUUUCUGAGCUGCAGAGCCAGCAUCAGCGGCGACGCUCCACCCUGCAGAAGAGCCACAAACGUGACGGUAAGAAAAGUCGGUCCGAAAACUCCCUGUCAACUCUGGACCAGGAGCUUUGCGAGCUGGACCAGGAUUGUGGCCAGAAACUGGCGGAGCUGAAGGAGCAGCAACAGCAUCAGCUGCUCGCACUCCGCAAGGAGCAAUACUUCAGCGAGAAAUACCUGAAACGAGAACACAUAAAACAGCUGGUGGAGAAGCUGACAAGUAUAGCGGAGGAGUGCCAGAGUGCUCAGCUCAAAAAGCUCCGAGACAUCUGCGAAAAAGAGAAGAAGGACCUGAAAAAGAAGAUGGACAAGAAGAGACAAGAGAAGAUCAAUGAAGCCAAAUCUAAAGACAAGAAUUUAACGGAAGAAGAGAAGUUAGAGAUCAACAGAUCUUUCGUCAACGAGGUGGUGCAGUAUAUUAAGCGGUUGGAAGACGCUCAGAGUAAAAGACAGGAGAGGCUGCAAGAGAAGCACAAGGACAUCCGGCAGCAAAUCUUGGAUGAAAAGCCAAAGCUGCAGAGUGAUCUGGACCAAGAGUACCAAGACAAGUUUCGCAGAUUGCCUGUGGAGAUCCAGGAGUUUGUGCAGGACAGCAGUAAGGCCAAGCUUUGCGAUGACAGCCUCCCUGGAAACCUUGUCGCCUCCUCAACAGCAGAGAGGCUCAACCACAAGGCGUCACAGUCCGAGGACGACAUGGAGGAGGGCUCCUCGGAACAUGCGUUUGACACCGCCCUUUAGGGAUCUAACUUUUUGCUUCACACUGGGACGUUGUUUGGCCGUUGACGUUGUGACCACAGAUUUAGGAUGAGACUGUCCCGACUUUGGUCCAACUUGCACCCGAUGGGGAGGAUUAGAUCAAAUCUGAGCCUGAAUGGGUGAGUAGAGGUCCCCUAAGCUUAGAGUGAAGUCCUGUCCAGCCACCUUUUUCAUGUGAAUACUUCUGUUUGUGUAUUUGUAUGUUAACCUGUAUGUUGUCCUCUCUUUUGGUACGCCCACAGGAUGUGUUUCUGAACGCUAAUUAUUUGACGGAAAUAACUUACUUGAACUAUUGCACAGAGAGAGCAGUUUCUUUUUGUUAUCAUUUUGGUUAUCAUGAUGCUGUGACUGUCGGAGAGGUUUGGUGUGCCAAGAUCUGAUUUGUCUUACGGUGGAUUUUCAGUUGAGUCAACUUGCACUGUAACAACAAAAAAAGAAGAAAAAAAAACAACAUAACAAACACCUUUACAUGCUCAGCCUUUCGAGUUUCCGUCUUUAGAAGAUUGAGUUUCACCCUUUAAUGUUUGCACUGAAGCGUCACUGUGUAAAAGUACGUAACUCUACUUUAACCCAGAAGCACUGGCGGCUUUCUGGUUUGCUCUUUUGUUCUCACAGAACUAAACCUUUGUGUUGCUGCUAUGAUUUUUUUUUUAAACUCUACAUUUUAACGAUUUAUUUGUCUAAUGUGAAAUUCGGCUUAAUACGAUGCAGUGAUUCCUCGUUCUUGUUGUGUUUUGGCCAGUUUUUAAUACGUUUUUUUUCUCCCCCGUUGUUUACUGCCAACUCUGUCACACCAGGAAGAGAAGGGGAGGCUUGUUGUACAGCGUGUGCAUGCAUUUGAACAACUGUAAAUGUUACAUUAGCUGUAUAGCACAGAUUUUUAUUUAUGUACUUCUUUUUUUUUCUGGUACAUUUUGUUUGAACCUGGGGAAACUUUGGACCCAAGCUCGCGUUAUUAAUACUGUGGAAAUGGUAUCUGUGUUUAAGAUCCAAAAGCUGCAGCCUCAAGUCAAUGGAUUACUUAUUACUUACUUAUUUUCUUUACUUUCCCCCCCUUCAGCUAAAACUGUCAGAUCAAGGAUACCUUAACACAACAAGUUUAUGUUUCAUUUUUAAUAAGCGGUCUUCCUAUAAUUUGGUUCUGUGCUAAUAUUUAUGCAAAAUUCAGAACAGAUGCCCCAUACUACAGAAAACAGGCCUUCAUUUGCCUUUGUUCUCAAUGCUCACUUGAUUUGCAGGCUUUCAGCUGGAGUAAGGAAACUGUGGGGAAAUAGCUCCCUUUUGUUCCAGUAGAUGAUAUAGCAAUCAAUAAUGUAAUAACGGCCAGUAACGUAAUGCCUGCCAAUAAUAAAAAUUUGGCCAUUUUAAAUGUAAUGUGGCCUACGAGGUAAUAACUUGCCAAUAAUGUAUUACAGUUUUUAAAUCCAGUUAUAUAGGAACAUUUGGCCCGUAAUGUAAUAUUAUGUUACAUUAUUGGCCUGUAAACUCUGGGCCAAAACAUGGGGGUCAUAUGAGCAUUACACUCUUCCUGGUUUCUAGGAAAUUCCAUUAAGUGAUCAAGCCACCAAAUGUAGUAAUUCAUUCAAAGAUAUUCCCCCACUAAUGCGAUUUGAAAUUUAGUUGUCUAAGCAAAUUAAUAGCGUUUUAAAUGAGGGUAUUGUAUAUAAUACCUGCACAGAGGUGAAGAUGAUAGCACUGUCGAUUUGCAGCAAGAAGGUGCUGGGUUCAAAUCCUUUCUGCAUGGACUUUGCAUGUUCUCCCUUUGCAUGCAUGGGUUCACUCUGGGUACUCCAGUUUCCUCCCUCAGUCCACAAACAUGACUAUUCGGUUAAUUGAGCUCUCCAAAUUGCCCUUAGGUGUGUGUGUGUGCGCGCUUGUGUGUGCGCGCGUGUGUGAGUGUGUGUCUCUGUGUGUGUGAGUGUGUGUGCGUGCGUGUGUGCGUGCUCGCGCAUUGCUAUGCAUUGAGUCUUGUCAACAAAACCAUGCUGUCCUAAUGUAGAAUGAGCACACAUCUGUCCAAAAAAUGGUCGUAGCACCCUUAAUUCUUAUCGGAUUUUUAUAAUUAUGGCUCAAAUUAAAGCUGAAAACAUUCUCAGUGUUAUGAUACAUAGGAAUAUGUAGUCUCCCUAAAUAUAAAUUCAUAUGCAGUGUGGGAACUGUGCAGUUAUCGUGUUGACAUGUAUACCUACUGUGCUCUAAAGAUCUCCAUGCUGUUAGUUUAUUAAUUUAACAGCUCAAGCUUCAUUAUUAUAUCACAGUUUGUUUGUUUCUGAAUCUGACAUUUCUAAAAUGAUGUAUGCUAAAAAGAGGGUUUCAGAGGUGGACUGCCAAUCAGGACAUUUUCCAGUGUGUCCGGGUGCUCCUGAUGACCUGGCCGGCUAAGCUAGGGCCGAGAGGGUGAAACCAAAGAUUUGGUUUGGUUCCUGCUUGAUUUAAAAAA